AAAAGGGUGACCAAGAAGUUAAUGUAUUUAGUUUGUAAGGCAACGUAACAAUAAUGAAAACAUGAAGAUAGGGAGGAGCAGCAGAGGAAGCCAUGGUAUGCCGCAAUGGCUAGCGGAGGGUAAUGGUGGAUGCAGGUGUCUGGGCCGCUGUGAAGGGCCUCGAAUCGGUACCGUCUGGCUUAUUUCUACAGGACCACGGAGGCUCGUGGCGGUUUUCGAGUCAAUAAAGUUCAAUAAAUCUCAAGAGAGCUUCACAAGCAAGGAUUACACUAAUAUAUAUAUAUAUAUAUUUCUAGCAUGCUCAGUGAAGAUCUCGUCUAGCGACAGAAGCUCCGCAAGGGCUCGACAGGCCCUAGGUAUCCACGGCCAAGGUUCUGAAAAUAGCCCUAAGCCCUCUACUACCACGACUACGGCGGCAGGUGUGGGGCGCAUGCGCAUCGGCUCACAGGCUGACCUCCUGGUGGCCCCCGGGAGAAGCCGACCUUCUUCCCGACAGCCCGCGGAGCACAACGGGUGGGGAAACGUUAAUCUCGCGAGUUCUCAAGCAGCGACGGCGGAAGUAGCGGGCACGUGACUGUCCUAGGCCGCCUUCGCCUGCCCCCUCCCCCUUCUCGGAAACCCGGCCCCCUCACCCUUCGCCCACCCCGGAGCCGCCGUAAUGGACAGUUUGGGAUCUGGAAUUCUCUUGGAUCCCAUCACUGGUACCAGGCUAGCGGGACCCAGCGGAGCCCGGUUUUGGCGUCAAAGGCAGAGGGGGCGGUCAAGAUGGGGGGAGGGGUCCGCUCCCUUCACCCAGUAAGGAGGCGGGGCGGAGAGGAGACGGACCGGGGCGGUGGCGGGGCAGUCACGUGGGGCGUGGCGCGCACGCCGUGCGCGCGGCGCCUGACCAGUCACCCCGCCCCCUCUUCCUGUGGGGCGGGGAGUUCGGGGGGAGGGGCGUCAAGAUGGCGGCGGGGAGGUAGGCAGAGCCGGACGCCGCUUCUGCCGCCGCCGCCGCCUCCGCCUCCGCUCCUGUCGCCUCCGGCUCCUCACACGCUCACGCACCGGGAGAAAGUGUUCUUUCGUCGGGUCCGGCGGGGAAAAUGGUGGAACCAGGGCAAGAUUUACUGCUUGCUGCCUUGAGCGAGAGUGGGAUUAGUCCAAAUGACCUCUUUGAUGUUGAUGGUGGAGAUGCUGGGCUUGCAACCCCUACUCCCCCUUCAGUUCAACAGUCGAUGCCACUUAGUGCAUUAGAACUAGGUUUGGAGACAGAAGCAGCAGUUCCUGUUAAACAAGAACCAGAGACGAUGUCUACGCCUGCACUGUUAAAUGUGAGGCAGCAUCCUCCAUCCACGACAACGUUUGUGCUGAAUCAGAUAAAUCAACUUCCAACAUUGGGAUCUACAAUUGUAAUGACUAAGACGCCACCUGCAACAACAAAUAGACAAACCAUCACCUUAACAAAGUUCAUCCAGACCACUGCAAACACACGCCCUUCCGUCUCAGCGCCGGUAGUACGGAACGCCAUACCCCCUGCUCCUUCAAAGGACCAGGUUCAGUUGAAGGAUUUACUUAAAAAUAAUAGUUUAAACGAACUCAUGAAAUUGAAGCCUCCUGCUAACAUUGCUCAGCCAGUUGCAACUGCAGCUACUGAUGUUAGUAAUGGUGCAGUAAAAAAAGAGUCUUCUAAUAAAGAAGUAGCAAGGAUAUGGAUAAAUGACAUGAAAAUGAGGAGUUUUUCUCCCACUAUGAAGGUUCCUGUUGUUAAAGAGGAAGAUGAACCAGAAGAAGAAGAUGAGGAAGAGAUGGGUCAUGCAGAGACCUAUGCAGAGUACAUGCCAAUAAAAUUAAAAGUUGGUCUGCGUCACCCUGAUGCGGUGGUGGAGACUAGCUCUUUGUCCAGUGUCACUCCUCCUGAUGUUUGGUACAAAACCUCCAUCUCUGAAGAGACCAUUGAUAAUGGCUGGCUCUCUGCGUUGCAGCUCGAGGCAGUUACCUAUGCGGCCCAGCAACAUGAAACAUUCCUCCCUAAUGGAGACCGUGCUGGCUUCUUAAUAGGCGAUGGUGCUGGUGUGGGCAAAGGCCGGACGAUAGCAGGGAUCAUAUAUGAAAAUUAUUUGUUGAGUAGAAAAAGAGCAUUGUGGUUUAGUGUAUCAAAUGACUUAAAAUAUGAUGCUGAAAGAGAUUUAAGGGAUAUUGGAGCAAAAAACAUUUUGGUCCAUUCAUUAAAUAAGUUUAAAUAUGGAAAAAUUUCUUCUAAACACAAUGGAAGUGUGAAAAAAGGUGUUAUUUUUGCUACCUAUUCUUCCCUUAUUGGUGAAAGCCAGUCUGGUGGUAAAUACAAGACCAGGUUAAAACAGCUUCUGCAUUGGUGUGGUGACGACUUCGAUGGAGUGAUAGUGUUUGAUGAAUGUCACAAAGCAAAAAACUUAUGUCCUGUUGGAUCUUCAAAGCCAACCAAGACAGGCUUGGCUGUUUUAGAGCUUCAGAACAAAUUGCCAAAAGCCAGAGUUGUAUAUGCCAGUGCCACUGGUGCUUCUGAACCACGCAACAUGGCCUAUAUGAACCGUCUUGGAAUAUGGGGUGAAGGAACGCCAUUCAGGGAAUUCAGUGAUUUUAUCCAAGCAGUGGAGCGCAGAGGUGUUGGUGCCAUGGAAAUAGUUGCUAUGGAUAUGAAGCUUAGAGGAAUGUACAUUGCACGACAGCUGAGCUUUACUGGAGUGACCUUCAAAAUUGAGGAAGUUCUUCUUUCUCAGAGCUAUGUUAAAAUGUAUAACAAAGCAGUCAAGCUGUGGGUUAUCGCUAGAGAGCGAUUUCAGCAAGCUGCGGAUUUGAUUGAUGCUGAGCAGAGAAUGAAGAAAUCAAUGUGGGGUCAGUUCUGGUCUGCUCACCAGAGGUUUUUUAAGUACUUAUGCAUAGCAUCUAAAGUGAAAAGGGUGGUGCAGCUGGCCCGAGAAGAGAUCAAGAAUGGGAAGUGUGUUGUAAUUGGUCUACAGUCUACAGGAGAAGCUAGAACUUUAGAGGCCUUGGAAGAGGGUGGAGGAGAACUAAAUGAUUUUGUUUCAACUGCCAAAGGGGUAUUACAGUCACUCAUUGAAAAACACUUCCCUGCUCCAGACAGGAAGAAACUCUAUAGUUUGUUAGGAAUUGAUUUGACAGCUCCAAGUAACAACAGUUCACCAAGAGAUAGUCCUUGUAAAGAAAAUAAAGUGAAGAAGCGGAAAGGUGAAGAAAUAACACGAGAAGCCAAAAAAGCACGAAAAGUUGGUGGCCUUACUGGAAGCAGCUCUGAUGACAGUGGAAGUGAGUCUGAUAUCUCUGACAAUGAAGAAAGCGACUAUGAGAGCUCUAAAAACAUGAGCUCUGGUGAUGAUGACGAUUUCAAUCCCUUCCGAGAUGAGUCCAGUGAAGACAACGAAGACGAUCCUUGGUUAAUUAGGAAAGACCACAAGAAAAGCAAAGAUAAAAAAAAGAAGAAAAGUAUUGAUCCAGAUUCCAUUCAAAGUGCCUUGUUAGCAUCAGGUCUUGGGUCGAAGCGGCCUAGUUUCUCCUCUGCACCAGUUAUCUCUCCUGCUCCCAACAGUGCACCAGCCAACAGUAACACCAACAGUAAUAAUAGCCUUAUAACCAGUCAAGAUGCUGUUGAAAGGGCACAACAGAUGAAGAAGGACCUGCUUGAUAAACUAGAAAAAUUAGCUGAAGACCUCCCUCCUAACACCCUGGAUGAACUUAUUGAUGAGCUUGGUGGGCCCGAAAAUGUAGCAGAGAUGACUGGCCGCAAGGGUCGAGUGGUGAGCAAUGAUGAUGGAAGCAUAUCUUACGAGUCAAGGUCUGAGCUUGAUGUGCCUGUGGAAAUUCUAAACAUCACAGAGAAGCAGAGGUUUAUGGAUGGAGAUAAGAAUAUUGCUAUUAUCUCAGAAGCUGCCAGCUCAGGUAUUUCAUUACAAGCAGAUCGAAGAGCUAAAAAUCAAAGGCGAAGAGUUCACAUGACUUUGGAGUUACCCUGGAGUGCAGAUCGGGCAAUUCAGCAAUUCGGAAGAACACACAGAUCAAACCAAGUGACUGCUCCAGAGUAUGUCUUUUUGAUUUCGGAACUGGCUGGAGAACAGAGAUUUGCAUCUAUUGUUGCUAAGAGACUUGAGAGCUUGGGGGCACUUACACAUGGUGACAGAAGAGCAACAGAAUCUAGAGAUCUGAGCAGAUUCAACUUUGACAACAAGUAUGGAAGGAAUGCUUUAGAAAUUGUUAUGAAAUCCAUUGUAAAUUUGGAUUCUCCUAUGGUGUCACCACCUCCAGACUACCCUGGAGAAUUCUUUAAAGAUGUUCGCCAAGGACUGAUAGGAGUGGGCCUGAUUAACGUGGAAGAUCGCUCGGGAAUUCUUACUCUUGACAAAGACUAUAACAAUAUAGGAAAGUUUUUAAACAGAAUUCUGGGCAUGGAGGUGCAUCAGCAGAAUGCAUUGUUUCAGUAUUUUGCAGACACACUUACUGCAGUUGUUCAGAAUGCAAAGAAGAAUGGAAGAUAUGACAUGGGAAUCCUAGAUCUGGGUUCCGGAGAUGAAAAGGUGAGGAAGAGUGAUGUGAAGAAGUUUCUGACUCCAGGAUACUCAACCUCUGGCCAUGUAGAGUUAUACACAAUUAGUGUGGAGAGGGGAAUGUCCUGGGAGGAAGCAACCAAGAUUUGGGCAGAGCUGACAGGACCAGACGAUGGCUUUUACUUAUCAUUGCAAAUAAGAAACAAUAAAAAAACUGCCAUCUUAGUUAAAGAAGUAAACCCUAAGAAGAAACUAUUUUUAAUUUACCGACCAAACACUGGGAAACAACUCAAAUUAGAAAUUUAUGCUGAUCUGAAAAAGAAAUACAAGAAGGUAGUUUCUGAUGAUGCCCUGGUUCACUGGCUGGAUCAGUAUAACUCCUCUGCAGACACCUGCACUCACGCGUACUGGCGUGGCAAUUGCAAAAAAGCAAGCUUAGGAUUGGUAUGUGAGAUAGGUCUCCGAUGCCGAACGUACUAUGUGUUAUGUGGCUCAGUGCUGAGUGUCUGGACAAAAGUGGAGGGUGUUCUGGCCUCUGUCAGUGGCACAAAUGUGAAAAUGCAGAUAGUGCGGCUAAGAACAGAAGAUGGACAACGGAUUGUAGGUUUGAUCAUUCCGGCAAAUUGCGUGUCUCCUCUUGUAAAUCUCCUGUCAACUUCAGACCAGUCUCAGCAGCUCGCAGUCCAACAAAAACAGCUGUGGCAGCAGCAUCACCCGCAGAGCAUCGCCAACUUGAGCAACGCGUAAAGAGCAGCGGCUUCCACGCGGUGUUAAAUGCUGUGAGAGCAUACCACUUGCAUAAAAAUCAGGGACAGUUUCCAAAGAAUUCUAUUUUUUUUUCCAGUUGUGCUCUCUAGUUAAUUUGGGGGGUUAAGGACAAACCUGGAAUAGGCAGCAAGACUGACAGCGAACAGAGCAGAGGGGACACAAGUCUUUCCUCUUGCUUCCUUGUGGCUGGCAGUGUGCUUUUCCUUUGGGUGAGCGGAGCGGAUGUGUGUGUGUAUGUGUCUGUCUGUGAGUUUGUUAAAUGCUACAAGACCACAGUUGGUUAAAAAUGCUUGGAACUUCCCAAACUGGCUUUACUUUUCCUUUCUACAGUGCUCAGGGUUAACACAGUACAUCUUUGUCAUUACUGUGGAAGUUCCCCGGAUGCAUGUGUUUCAAGUCUCUAAAUACUGAAUAUAUAUAUAUUGGUUUCUUUUCCAACCUAAACAAUGUUUCCUACAGCAUGAAGUGAAGGGUUGUGUGCCAUGCAUUCAGGUUCUUUUGUAGCUUUUGUUGAUGGUGCAUGUCUUUGAAAGCAUGUGUAAUCAAGACUACCACAGAAGUCACAUGGAGAGCAGCAUUGGAGAUGUGCAGCUUUGGGUGUUGCAUUUAGUGUUGAUACCCGGGUGUUGCUUCUUACCCUCAGCCCUGCCCACUCCUCCCUGUCCCAAAUUGCUUGUCAAAGUAGUAAGUACAUAAUUUUUUUUAUGAUAAAAUUCUUUAAAAGUUCUUUUUAAGUGUUAAUAGUAUUCCUAAUUUGUGCUGCAAAACUGGCUAUGAGCCUUUUUCAUAAGUUACAUUUUCCACAACUUAAAUAUAGUUUUAGGAAGAAGUAUGAUUGCCUUCCAUCUUGCAUACACUCUUUUUUACUUCAUUAUCUGAAUCUGCUUUGUCAUCCAAACCGGAAACCGUACUUGAGUUGUAAACUAGACAGUGAGAAAACACUUGGCUUCUGCUGUAUGUUGUUGUUGUUACUCAGUAACUUGAAUAUUGUUUAAUGUGCUGUAAGACAUUGUAGAGAUUAUUUCCAGCUGUUAAAAAUGGUAUUGUACAAAUGUGAAUAGACACUUAUCUAUAACAUGGGUAAGUUUUGUUUCGCCUAUAAUAGAUGUUUAUAAAAAAAAAAAAAAAAAACAGUGAGGGGACAAUUGGUCGUUUUGUUUUUUUUUUUUUUCCCAACCUCCCCUCCCCCU